AUGCAUUCUCUGGAGGUAGGCACGUUGGGCUGCAUCUUGCAGACGGCGAUUUUCAGCCGCGUCUUUCCCACCCAGUCCAUCGCGGUACUCGCAGGAUGCUCAUUCAUCGGGUCUUUCGCGCUGUUGGUGAUCUGGAAGCUCUACCUGUGGCCGAUAUGGUUCAGUCCCCUGCGAAAUCUGCCCGAGCCUCCCGGUGGCCAGCUUCUCUCCGGUCAUACAAGACUUGUUCCCAAUGAACGGUCGGGGAUGCCUCUGCAAGAAUGGAUCAAUCAAGUGCCCAAUUCAGGACUGAUCAGGUAUCGCAUGCGGUUCAACAAGGAGGUCAUCUUUGUCACCAAUCCCAAAGGUCUAUCCGAGGUUUUGGUCCAGAAGAGUUACGAGUUUGCAAAACCGGCAAAACUCCGGCUCGGUCUGGGUCGGAUCCUGGGAGUUGGCUUGAUUGUGGCCGAAGGAAAUCAACACAAGAAACAACGCAAACUUCUGAUGCCUGCAUUCUUGCACCGACAUAUCAAAGAUCUCUAUCCUAUCUUUUGGGACAAGUCUGUCGCCUUGGCUCAGGUGCUGCGUGAAAAUAUCUCCUUGUCUCGAGAUGAUUCGACCCAUGUCUUUGAUGUCGGCGACUGGCUCGCACGGGCGACGCUGGAUAUCCUCGGCGCUGCCGGCUUGGGAGAAGAAUUCGAUACCCUUCAUCAUCCAGAUAACGAAAUCUGUAGCGCCUACCGAAACGUGUUCGAACUAAAGCCUCCUCAGGGCACGUUGGCCAUGGGGGUGUUUCUCAUGCGCGAGGCCCUCGUCAAGAUGCUCGGUCUCUCCCGCACGGAUAGCAUCAGUCUAGCCACCAAGACAUUGACCGAUGUCGCUCGCCGAUUGAUUGCACGGAAGCGAUCCAAGAUGCAGGCGCAUGACUCCAAGGAACCAGGUCGCGAUAUCAUCUCUGUCGCACUCUCAUCCGACUCCUUUACCGAUCCCAUGCUUGAAAACCACCUCCUGACGUUCCUGGCCGCUGGCCACGAGACCACGGCCACCUCCAUGACCUGGGCACUCUAUGCGCUGUGUAUAUAUCCCGACGUGCAACGGCGGUUACGCGAUGAGGUCCGUCAAUUCCUCCCGCAGUAUUUCGAUCAUGCGACGGCUCCCCCCAUGAAAGCCGAACUCCUGGACAGCUUGCCUUAUCUGCACGCGGUGUGCAACGAGGUCUUCCGCGUCUAUCCACCCGCUGGACUCACUCGACGCGUGGCGGUUCAGAAUACCUCCAUCCUGGGCCAGUUUAUACCCGCGGGGACAGAAAUCGUCAUUUCGCCUCGCGCAGUCAACGUCUCGCGCGAUCUCUGGGGGCCCGAUGCGGCCACUUUUAACCCCGAUCGAUGGAUGAAGCCCAAUCAGGCAAACACUGGCGGCGGACUGACCAAUUUCUCUUUCAUGACUUUUCUCCACGGUCCACGUUCCUGUAUUGGACAAGGCUUUGCCCGUGGCGAAUUCGCCAGUCUGCUUGCCGCUCUGGUGGGAAGCUUUGAAAUGUCUCUCGCGCAGGAUCCUGACAUUGAGAUUGAGACGGGCUUGACGUCACGUCCAAAAGGUGGCCUUCUAGUGGAGUUUCGCAAAAUCUAA